AUGUUUUCAUGUUACUCUUUUCUCUUCUGCUUUACAACACCACUGAUAUAUCAGAAAUCAUCAGAAUUUCAUAGAAUUUCUACAUACUUCUACCAUAUUCAUCAAUAUUCUACCACAUCUACCACAAUAUUCAGAUAUAUUCAGUACUCCGAACUCGUUUUAGUCCCCAGGAACCUGAUGGAACAUGGGCUGCCACUGAUGCUGCACACUGCAGAGUUGGGCAACGGCUUGCAUGAGUACUUCGUAUGCAUUCACAAAGGUGGAGAGCAUUUCAGUUUGUUGGACCGCAAAGUGAGCCGGGACAAAAACAAUUUCCACUAUGCUUGGGAGGAUUUGCGGAAGUAUCACUUUGUGGAGUACAUCGCACAGGAUGGUGCAGAAGUGGCUGCUGAGCGCAAGGAAUUGAAGCCAAGUGGAUACUACACCAAUGAAUUGGUGCGGUGCACCUUCAGCGAGAGUUGCCGUCCGCAGCAGAUUGACUUGAUGUUCAGAUCAAAGGAGGCAUUGCACUGUGUGAUAGAUAUCUUUCAGUCCAAGAUGAAUGCUAAGCUUCAUCCAACGAAUCAGGCCACAAUGUCUCCAAACAAUACGGCCUCGACGUUGUCAUGUCCUGGAUUGAACUUCGAGACCAAUUGGAUUCCUUUUCCUGACUCGCCAAAGCCAGAGGCAUGGGCCCCCUUGUGGGGACCAUCUCCAGACGCAACACCACAGGCAGUUCGUGCCUCCAGUCCUUUGCCGGUGGUCCCUUGGCCAUCGCCUUCAACGUCAGAGAUGAUCGUGCCGCCUCCUGAGAGUGACUCAGAUCGCCCUCCUGACUGGGCUGCAAUGAGUGAGAGGUCGUUGAACAGCUUCUAUGCAGUUUGA